AUGGCGUCUCACCCCCAAGGCGACUCCCUGGAUGACGUCGAACAUAACCCUUAUGCGUCGGACAACAGAUGGCGCCAUCAGGAAAGCUCAGCGUUCGCGCGCCACGCCGCUCAGGCUCAUGCCAUACCCCGCGAUCCUCAGGAGCGUGGAAGUACGACUGAUCUUGCGAGCUUUCUCAACCGUGAUCGCGUCGAGCCCGAGAAUCCCAAUGCCCCGCCAAACUUCAAGCCCAUCAUGAUCGCCGCUGGUGAGGCCGCCGGCGAGGAGCAGCCUCGUUCAAAUACCGCCCACUCCUACGAGCAACCAAAUGCCCCCGACGGUAGGGAGAUCACAUGCGGUCCGCUCCUCAACUACCGACGGAUGGAUGCAGAGCGUUGGUACGGAAGUGUCUUGAUCGUCGCAAAGGGCGGCGGUAAAACACAGAGUUUCGCGCCGACCCUGAUUUUGCGCCCCGCAGGCUCCGCUGACAGACAUAACACUGCUCCCCAGGUGGAGGCAGUCAACGGUACCAACGGCGCCGUCAACGGUGCCGUCAACGGCGAGAGCUCAAACGGCGCAAACGGCUCAAACGGCGCAGACGAGAACGGCACGCAAAUCCAGGGCCAGUGUCUCUACUCUGACCCGCGCAACACCUUCUGGGCUUUCGACUUGUCCUUGCCGCUCUCGCAGGCCGAGGCCAAGUGGGAGUACCUCAUCCCUGACAUGCGAUUCUCCAGCAUUAGACCCGGUCGCUACCACUUCUUCGUUCCCUCCAUUAAUGAGUCGAUGCGUAUCAUGUUCCAUUCUUGCAACGGAUUCAGUGUCGGCACGGAUGAGGACGCCUGGAGUGGUCCCGCUCUUUGGAAUGAUGUCAACAGGCACCACAAGGAACGGCCAUUCCAUGUCAUGAUCGGAGGAGGUGACCAGAUUUACAAUGACGGUAUCCGAGUUGAUGGACCGCUGCGCGAGUGGACCGAAAUUUCCAACCCAAAGAAGCGCAGACAUUUUCCCUUUCCUGAGAAACUUCGACAAGCCUGCGAUGACUACUAUCUGAAGAACUACAUUCGAUGGUAUUCGACCGAGCCCUUCGCUACGGCCAAUGGUCAAAUUCCUAUGCUUAAUAUCUGGGAUGACCAUGACAUCAUUGACGGAUUCGGUUCUUAUGUCGACGACUUCAUGCGAUGUGAUGUUUUCAGGGGCAUUGGCGGAACGGCUCACAAGUACUACAUGCUGUUCCAGCACCACUUGCCUCCCCCAAGAUCGACCUACACCUCGGGUAAGCAGCUGCUGUGGGGAGUUGGUAGGCUUUUGACUUACUGGGAUGCAGAUUUCACACCAGCAACCGAGGGCCAAGGACUCGACCCUAACCAGCUUAUGGACACUUAUGUAGCGCCCCCUAAGUCCGACCCUGGCUACAUUGUUGGGACAGAGCCUGGUCCGUACGUAGCAGAACAUUCGCACAACAUGUAUGCUCGACUUGGAGCGCGUAUCGGUUUUCUAGGCAUCGACGCUCGAACUGAGCGGACACGGCACCAAAUCAACUACCCCGAGACGUACGACCUGAUCUUCAGUCGCCUCAGGCACGAGCUGAAAUCUUGCGUGGAAGCCGGUCGGCCGUUGAAGCACUUGAUUCUGUUGCUGGGCAUUCCCAUCGCUUAUCCUCGUCUAACAUGGCUUGAAAAUGUCUUCAGGAGUCCCAUCAUGGGACCUGUGAAGUUUUUGAACCGAAGAUUCGGUUUCGCUGGCGGCGUGUUCAAUCAUUUCGAUGGCAGCAUCGACUUGCUCGACGACCUCGACGAUCACUACACGGCCAGGACACACAAGAAGGAGCGGGGAGCUCUGGUUGAAAGGCUGCAGGCCAUUUCUUCCGAGUUUUCUGUGCGCAUCACUAUCCUCGGCGGCGACGUGCAUCUGGCGGCUCUUGGUCGCUUCUACUCACACCCUCGCCUGAAAAUCGCCACGGAAAAUGAUCAUCGCUACAUGGCAAACGUGAUUUCGUCAGCCAUCACUAACAAGCCGCCUCCGGCAGCCAUUGCAAACCUACUGGCGAGAAGAAACAAGAUCCAUCACCUCAACCAUGAUACUGAUGAGACUCUGCUCAAAUUCUUCGAUAAGGACCCCGGUGGCUCGAGCAAGACGUCGAGCUCCAACCACGUGACCAUGCCCAGCCGCAACUUUGCAAUCCUCACGGAAAAUUCGCCCAACAACGGACUUGCGGCACCUUCGAUCAACGGUGACGCGCGGUCAACCAUCUCUGGCAAAGGUGGACACGAUUACCUGCAUCACGGCGAGAUCGAGUCCGGUUCCAAACACAGAGCAGCAACGAAGCAGCACGGCACCGGCAACGACGGCAGCUUGGAUAUUUGUAUCCAAGUCGAGGUCGAUCAGCACAACCCGGACGGCAUCACGGAGGGUUACGGUCUCACUGUGCCACAACUUAAGUAUAACCAGGCACCUGAGCCGGUGGAGCCGUUUCCUCCGCAACAGCGCCCGAACGGAGAUGGAGAGUAG